CUGCCUCAGCGAUCAUUAGCCGAUCGCCUGGUAGCGUCGUACUUCAAACAUCGACACCCACUGAACCCAUGUCUACACGAAGGUACAUUCCGUCAACGUUAUGCGCGACUCUGGCUUAGCAGGGAUGUGGGCGGCGAGGAGGCAGCUCCCAAUAACCUGGCUUGGUUGGGUUUGGUCAACAUGGUAUUUGCAUUCGGCAGCGAGCAUGUGCAGAUCCGUGCGCCCUACCAUGGGAGUCCAGCCGGCUCAGCAUCAACAAAACCAGAUCGCGCUCGCUUCUUUAAGCGAGCCAAGAUGCUAGCAUUCUCGAGCAUUCUGCAAGCCAGGAUUGAGCUUGUCCAGGCGUUGCUCCUAAUGAGUCACUAUCUGCAUGGCUCACUGGAACUCAAUCAUUGCUGGACUGUUAUUGGGCUUGCCAUCCGCACAGCACAAGAGCUAGGGCUUUAUCUCGAUUCCACCAACUUCACAAAUGAUAUUGUAGAACAGGAGAUUCGCAAGCGAGUGUGGUGGGGUUGCUUCGUUAUCGACCGC